AUGGAGAUGCAGAUCUUGAAGAUGUCCCUUCGUAUCCCUGUAACAAUCAUCACCACAGCUGUCAUUGCUUUAUCCUUGCCCCUUGUCUUCGCUCAAGCACCCGUGAACGAUGUGGUAUCAUGGCCCCCUGGUCUUCUUCUCCUGGCGACCGUUCUCUAUGCCACCUUGGGCUCAUCUCCAAACGAGCUUUGGGAGAUCGAGCCUGUCACAGGCAUUUUCCUUUUCACGGGUUUACCAAAGCUAUCCAUACGUGGUAUGCAGCGCGUCAACUGGGUCACCAGCGCAUGUCACUUUGUACCUGGCAUUCGUUCCGCCUAUGGGAGAGCCAACUUCUGGGUGCGCUCCAACUCUAUCAGCGCCAGUGCCAGGGCUCAAGCGCUGGAGCGAGUUUUAUCUCAGCUGCGAUGCGUGACCUACCGACCUUUGGAGACACCUCUUAACGAGGAAAUAUGGGAAGUUACUUCCGCGGGGCUCAUGACAAGAGUCAACCUCGUACCUCAAUCCCCCAAUUUCGAAACCAAAUGUCCUCCUCCUGUAGCCCGUGACUUUCUUCUAUUUGCAGCCACAGACUACCAUGCCUUUCGCGAAUGGGAGGUGCAAGUUUUUUCCAACAACAAAAUGGUGUUUUGCACCAAAAACAUGCCUCCGAGUUCAAUCAUUGAUGUAGCAAGUGAACGGGAUGCGCUCUAUGUAGUGACAGCGCAAAUGGUCCGACGCCCACACUCCCAAAGCCCCUUGCGUGGAGUGGCGACAAGGGUUGGUGACAACGAAUAUGGGCCAGUGUACACGAUUGACCUUGAUCUCAUCAACCACGACAUCCCUAUCUGCGCCAUUGACUUUCAUUCCUAUGCGCCCCAGGGCCACAAAGUAUCCGCCACGCUUUCCGAACUAGCGAGAUCCUACUUCCGCGUCGUACAAUACCUCAAACAGAACGCUUCUCAGCAAAUCGGACUUUCUGGUCAAGUCGCGCGAGUUGAAGUCGGGCAAACGCUCUGGAUCUCAAUCUUAGGUGGUGCAAUCCUUGACACCGGGAGAUUAACAAUCCAAAAUCUCCCAGGUAGAUGGGGCAUGAAAGAUAUAACGGCGGACGAUGCAUACCUGACCCGCAUCGAUAGUGUCCUGCAACAGCUGGCGCCAUAUGCGGGCACCGCGACCGAGUUUGGCGACCUUGUUUUCAGUGGUGGCAUCAAUCGACGAUCGGCUGUCCCAUUCUUCAUAGCAGGGAUUUUUGGUCAGAUCGCGGUGUGCUACUUCCUCUCCGUCGGCACAUCAGCCGGAGUAUGGACAUCAGUUGCCCUUGCCAACUCCUUAUACGCUGGUCGCUUAACCGACUGGCAUAGCAUGUACUACGGGAAAGCUCUUGCAAAGAGCGACGAGCAACCCGGCAUGAAGAUGUAUGUUCCUGGAUCCUCAAGCAAAGAACUCAUGGUCAUCGCGACUUUUGACCGGUCCACUCCAAAAGAAGGCGGCCUUCGCCCUGGUUUUUUCAUGGCCACCUGUGGGUUGGCGGCAGCUAUCCUCGGUGCCAUAUUUGUCAGACAAACUCGUGUCACGCUGCGCUUUGGACCCAGCGCUCUGACACCCUCUUGGAUCCUGUACACAGCCGUGGUUCUCUGCCUCGGAACAACCCUUCUCGUUACGUCGAUGUUAGUGGUACAACAAGCAUAUGAGAAGACAUGGUGGGAAGAUUCAGAACUGCCCACCCGCUGGAUGGCGUACUCGACAUUUUCAUGCUCAGUUGCUGUUUGUGUGCUGGCUAUCGUGUUCAAGUUGAGGGGACUGGAUAGGUUGUGGCCUGUGCUUGAUGCUUUGACGUGGCUCUCGGGCGUGCCUUUGGGCAUGCUGGAGAACGGACGGUCGUUUUCAGCAGACGAUAAUAUGCUGCAUCUUGUUUUUAUUAAUCGGUGGAUGAUGGGUGCUGUAGCAAGCGCGCUGGGGAGUGGCAUCCGUGGUUAA